AUGGACGGCGAACAACCCCAGAACGCCAGUGGAGCUAUGGCCGGGAACCAGAGCCGGACGACGCGAUUAUACAACAAAAUCAAAGGCCUGUUCAAUCAGGACAUCUCCGAGGAGUUGCGUGCCAGCACCGAUACCGAAAUCCACACCUGGAACGGCAAAGACGAUCCUGACAACCCCUUCAACUGGAGCCCAACAUAUAAAUGGGUAUUGACGGUCACCGUCUGCUUCAUUUCUAUCUUGACUGGUCUCCCAGCAGGAACAUACGGCUCUGGCAAUAACUGGAUGGAAGGGCAGUUCCAUGUCCAGAACAGCCCUUUUCCCAACCUCUACUGGGCGACAACUUCGUGGAACAUGGGCGCUGCCUUCUGGCCGCUCAUCUUCGUCCCCCUUACCGAGUCGUCUGGUCGCAUGCCAGGGUAUUUUGUGGCAUAUAUCAUCUUGAUCGCGACAAUGUUUGGCUCUGCUUUUGCGAACAACUUUGCGACGAUUCUUGUAACACGGUUCUUUGGGGGUGGUGCCUCGUCCGUCUCGAUCAAUAUCGUCGGAGGAAGCAUCAGCGAUGUCUGGUACGGCGAUAAGGCUCGCAGUCUGCCAAUGUCUCUGUUUGGUUUUACCAGUGUUGUAGGAAUUGCACUUGGCCCUUUUAUCGGCUCAGCCAUUGUGCAGAUUCCCAAGGUCGACCCCUGGCGCUGGAUCUUCUACAUCCAGAUCAUCUACAACGCCGGUCUCCUCCCCAUCUUCUGGCUCAUCCUCCGUGAAACCCGCGCCGAUGUCAUCCUGCGAAAGCGCGCUCGCAAGAUCCGCAAGGAAACAGGCCGUCAUGUCUACGCCCAAGCAGAGAUCAACUCGCCCAGCACUCUACGCCUGCUCCAGAUUUCAUUCAAGCGCCCAACCAAGAUGUUGCUGACGGAGCCUGUUGUGAUUUUCUUCACCUUGUGGAUCAGCUUCGCCUGGGGAAUCCUGUACUUGUUCUUCUCCAGCGUGGUGCAGACCUUCUCGGCCAACUAUAACUGGAGCAUCAUGGCUACCGGCCUUGUCCAGCUGGCCAUCUCUGUCGGGGCCGUGAUUGGGACAGCAGUAAAUCCGCUGCAAGAUUUGUUAUACCUUCGCUCUUCGCAGCGCAACAAGGAGAAGCCCGGAAAGCCGAUCCCCGAGGCGCGUCUCUAUACCUCAAUUCCCGGUAGUCUCCUGUUCGCCGCUGGUCUCUUCUGGUAUGGAUGGGCCAGUAUGCCCGAUGUCCAUUGGAUUGUGCCUGCAAUAGGUAUCACCGUGACAGGUCUCGGCAUUUACUCUAUUUACAUGGCUGUGAUCAACUACCUUACUGACGCCUAUGAACGAUAUGCGGCCUCUGCCCUGUCUGCGGCCUCUUUGGGACGGAAUUCCUUUGGUGCCUUCCUUCCUCUGGCGUCGCCUCAGCUGUUUAGCAACCUUGGCUACGGAUGGGCGGGUACGUUACUGGGUUUCAUUGGCCUUGCCUUGUCAGCGGUGCCGGUGGUGCUGGUGCUCAAGGGACCUUCCAUCCGUCGGCGCAGUCCGUUCAUGCGAGAGGCAAUGUGGGAUUCAGAUGAGUCGGAGGAGAAGCAGGAAGAGGCGCAUACUGCCUAA